AUGACAAAAAACCUCAGCACUUGGACUUUGAUUGCUAUUGCUUUCAAUGUUUGUAAUAGCUGGGCUGGCCUCGCUGGCAGCAUGGGAGUUGCUCUCAUUCAAGGAGGCCCCGUGUCUCUAGUGUAUGGGUUCCUUAUAAGCUCUAGCUUGUAUGGCUGCAUAGCUUUAACUAUGGCAGAGCUGGCGUGUGUAUAUCCUACCGCAGGAGGGCAGUACCACUUUGUUUCUAUCCUUGCCCCGAGCAAGUAUUACAGAAGCCUGUCUUAUACCUGUGGCAUGGUCACAAACUUUUCUUGGAUUGCCAUUGGUGCAGCUAUUAACAUGAUUUUCAGCGAGCAACUCAUUACAUUGAUCAUGUUUUACCAUUCGACAUUUGUCCCACACCCGUGGCACCAAUUCCUUCUGUAUCAGUGUUUCGGCUUGGUUAUAUUGCUGUAUAAUCUCUUGGCUCUGAAAAAAUUGCCUGUUACGCAUUACUUUGGAUUCUUUCUCUGCAUCUCUGUCUUCUUUGGUUCAUUCUUUGCUAUGCUUAUCCGAUCCUCACCAAAAGCACCUUCAAAUUUCGUGUGGACUACAUUCAUCAACCAGACUGGUUGGCCAGAUGGAGUUUGCUUCAUGUCUAGUCUGCUUACGACGUGCUUCAUUUACUCGGGUCUUGAUGCUUCUUUACAUCUUGCAGAGGAAGUACCCAAUCCUCGAAUUGCCGUCCCACGUGCUUGCUUAGGUGCAAUCGGCAUUGGCUUUUUGACGGCAUUUGCGUAUCUUAUCGCAAUGUUAUACAGCAUCGUGGAUCUAGACUCUAUUAUUAAUUUUGAUGGAUUUCUACCGUUCGAACUCAAUCGACAAGCACUCCGUUCUGAUAGCGGAGCAAUCGCUAUUCUCAUAUUGAGCAUUGUAAUGACGUUCUUCAUUCUAAAUGCGGUACUCCAAACGGCUUCCAGGUUAACAUGGGCAUUGGCAAAAGAUGAUGCCCUUAUGUUUUCCAGCAUUCUUCAGAAAUUGCAUCCUAGUCUUGGUGUGCCUGUUUCAUCACUGCUGGUUAAUGCAGUAUCGCUAGCCUUGUGUGGAUGCAUAUAUCUGGCAUCCUCUACUGCCUUCAACGCAAUCCUAGGCUCCUGUGUCGUGCUCCAGCAAUGGUCUUUUUUAAUGCCAACUGUGCUUCUCAUCUACCGCCAAAGAUCCGAACAAUUUUUACCUCGGGAUCGAACUUUCCGCCUCCAAGGAUGGAUUGGCUGGCUCGUGAACAUUUGGGUAAUUGUCGUAAUUUUAGCAUCAAUGGUCUUCUUCUUUUUGCCACCAAUUCUACCAGUGUCGGCUAAUACAAUGAACUAUAAUUGUGUUAUAAUCUUGGUCGUCUUUCUUCUCAGCGCUGCAAACUGGUAUAUCUACGCAAAACGCCACUAUGGCGGUCCACGGGUCAUUCUACAUAGCUGAAGGGGAACUGAAGUCAAUGAGGC